UAAACAAGAAAUGGGCCAGGUGGUCAAGGCUGGUGUCCAAAUAACAUAAUGCGACGGUGUAACUUAGCCAAUAUAAGAAUAUAUAUCAUUUAGACAUAUAGGUAACCAGAACUACGUUUUUCCGUACGCUAUCAGCGCAACAUUGAAAUUACAUGUGCAUUUCUGAUGUGAUGAGCUAAGGCAUUCCAUGAUGGACAGUGAUCUAAGUCCUCAGGAUAAAAAAGACUUGGACAAGUUCAUAAAGUUUUUCGCUUUGAAGACAGUACAGGUGAUAGUCCAAGCUCGACUUGGGGAAAAAGUAUGCACACGCUCCUUGUCUUCACCUACUGGCUCUGAUUGGUUCAACCUGGCAAUCAAAGAUAUCCCAGAAGUUACACAUGAGUCAAAGAAAGCUCUGGCCGGGCAGCUUCCUGGCAUCGAACGGUCCAUGUGUGUUGAGAUCUCCCUCAAAACCUCAGAGGGAGACUCGAUGGAAUUGGAGACAUGGUGUCUCGAAAUGAACGAGAAGUGUGACAGAGAUAUUAAAGUGUCCUACACUGUCUAUAACCGCAUGUCAUUACUGCUCAAGUCACUACUGGCUAUCACAAGGGUAACCCCAGCCUACAAACUUUCACGAAAGCAAGGGCACGACUAUGUCAUACUGUACAGGAUAUAUUUUGGAGAGGUUCAACUUACAGGAUUGGGAGAAGGGUUCCAGACAGUGCGUGUAGGAGUUGUGGGAACUCCUAUUGGAACCAUCACCUUAUCUUGUGCUUACAGGACAAACCUGGCCUUCAUGUCCACCAGGCAGUUUGAGAGGACGGCUCCGAUUAUGGGCAUAAUCAUUGACCACUUCGUUGAGCGCCCCUUUGGCAACGUGGGACACAUGCAUCCAUGUAUCUACAGAGCACCCGGAGAAGAUGAAGGAGCAUACAAUGGGGUGGAGGAUUCUCAGGAAGUGUGCACCACGUCCUUCUCCACUUCUCCACCCUCACAACUCUACUGCUCUCGUCUUUCUUAUCAGUCUCCUGUGCUUGAUGGAGCUGCUGACUUCUGCCACCCCUCUACCUUAAACGCUGCCAACCCACACCAGAUGGGAGUUCCAGGGAAGGAGGGCGGCGUACCCCAGCAGGUGCCUGUGCAGCCUUGUCAUGGAGCCCAGGCAGAGCAUCGACGAGUGUCCUCAUGCCCCCCUGCUGAUCAUGUUCCCGCCACGCCCUCCAGCAGUGGUGAGGACGCAGAGACCUCGUCGAGGAGCGUUGGGGUGAAGAGUGGCUCUCCCUGUGGUUUACUGGAGACCACCUUCACCAGGAAAGUGGGUGCCUUUGUCAACAAGCCAGGCACAAAGGUAACCACAGCAAGCCUGGACUUACCAUUUGCAGCGUUUGCUCCCAGAGCCUAUGACCUCGAGGAAAAUGACCCUAUGGUUCAGCCACCGGAGUCCUCAGCCACGUCCUCUCCCCUGCAGGGCAGUUUGCACUCCCAAGGCUCUGGUGAGAGUGGAGGCCCGGCACAGGACGACUUUGUUAUGGUGGACUUUAAGCCUGCGUUCUCCAAGGAUGACCUCCUUCCCAUGGACCUUGGCACAUUCUACAGAGAGUUCCAGAACCCCCCACAGCUCACCAGCCUCACUAUUGAUGUCAGUUCUCAGUCCAUGGCAGAAGACCUGGACGCUCUUCCUGAAAAACUGGCAGUAUACGAGAAGAACAUUGAUGAAUUUGAUGCAUUUGUGGACACAUUGCAGUAGGGACAGAAAUGGAUCCACUGUCUGCAAUGACAAAUGAUCCCAUUUAGUCCAUCUGCAAGGUCCUGUUGUCUUUCAAGCUGGUUUGCAUUCAGCCUGUGUAUGCCUGUUCUUUCUUCUCGUAGUUUAAAUUCCAUAUUGAUUUGUAAUCCGAAUGUUUCUCUUCAAACCUCACUGGUUGAUGUAUUGUAGAGUAAGAGAGCCUGAACCCAACAACCGAAGACAUCUUUAAAAAAGAAAAAAAGUUGCACCGUUUCUUUUCUGACGUGAAUAACUGCAACAUUUGCUCUAGUGUUGAGCAGACUGUGUCAUAAUGUAAAUACCAGAUCCCCUCUCACCUUGCUGUUAUAGAGCUUAACACGGAAUAAUUAAGACGUUCAGUUCAUCAAAGCUGUUGUCUAAAGGUCAGGAGGCGUUGUAUUAUUGCUGUCCCGUGUGACACUGAGAACGCUCAUAGCAACUAUGGAGCCAGGCGUGGCCAUGUUUUAGUAGAUGGGAAGAAGCCAAGCUAUGUAUGGAAAUUGAUCAAUAGUAGUGAAUCUAUAUCCAAGAAACGGCAAACAUGCUGUGUAGCUGAAUCUGUAUGUUGAAAGAGAAGUUCCUGUGGUUGUUUUUUUGUAAAUGGGGAGAAGAGUUGUCUUCUGCUUUCCUUCUCUAGAUUACCAACUUUAGGCCAUACAUCACUGUGUGUCACUACAAAUGAUGUACAGUCACUGCUCACCUCUGAAUCACCAUAUAAAGCAAGCUUCCCUUUUCCCUAUCU